CGCCCCGCCCCGGUCCCACCAUGACCGGCUCCGCGGCCGACACUCACCGCUGCCCCCACCCCAAAGGCGCCAAAGGUACCCGGUCCCGGAGCAGCCACGCGCGGCCCGUGAGCCUAGCCACCAGUGGGGGCUCGGAGGAGGAGGACAAAGACGGCGGGGUGCUGUUUCACGUUAACAAGAGCGGCUUCCCCAUCGACAGCCACACCUGGGAGCGCAUGUGGAUGCACGUGGCCAAGGUGCACCCCAAGGGGGGAGAAAUGGUGGGCGCCAUCAGGAACGCCACCUUCUUGGCAAAGUUCCAGGAAAGUGCAGACCGUCCCGGCUUCCCCAGGCUAGAUCCCGAAAACACAUCAGUAAUGAAGACUAACAUAGCCAGCUCUUCCAGAGUACCAAGCGCCAAUGCCAAGUUGCCAGCUCUGUACAUUAGGUCCUACAAUCCUCACAACCCGCCCGGACGGUUUGAACCUUCAGUGCCACAGGUUCCGAACUACAGGCUGUCGAUGACGAUCCCAGACUGGCUCCAGGCAAUCCAGACCUACAUGAAGACACUACAAUACAAUCACACAGGGACCCAGUUCUUUGAAAUUAGGAAAAUGAGACCACUGAGUGGGUUAAUGGAAACAGCGAAAGAAAUGACUCGGGAGUCCUUGCCUAUCAAAUGCCUUGAAGCUGUCAUCCUGGGGAUAUACUUAACCAAUGGACAGCCUUCCAUCGAGCGAUUCCCCAUCAGCUUUAAAACCUACUUCUCAGGAAACUAUUUUCACCAUGUUGUGCUGGGGAUUUAUUGCAAUGGCCGCUACGGCUCACUGGGCAUGAGCCGAAGGGCUGAGCUGAUGGACAAGCCGUUGACCUUUCGAACUCUGAGUGACCUCAUCUUUGACUUUGAAGACUCCUACAAGAAGUACCUGCACACAGUCAAGAAGGUCAAGAUUGGGCUAUACGUCCCCCAUGAGCCUCAUAGCUUCCAGCCCAUUGAAUGGAAGCAGCUGGUCCUCAAUGUCUCCAAGAUGUUAAGGGCUGACAUAAGGAAGGAGCUGGAGAAAUAUGCCAGGGACAUGAGAAUGAAGAUCCUGAAACCUGCAAGUGCCCAUUCUCCAACCCAAGUGAGAAGCCGGGGGAAAUCCCUGUCCCCCCGAAGGAGACAGGCGAGCCCCCCGAGACGGCUCGGCAGGAGAGACAAGUCCAGAGGCAAGCGACCACGCCUGUGCCCGCAGAGGACAGCUCUUAGACUGCCGCAGUUAUCCCAGCUUCCGCCAUUGCCACAGACUAGAGCCCAGGACACCCUGGUUCCGAGAGGUGUGUCUGGAGGAGAACAGCUUCUCAGCUUCUACCCCUGUCCUUCAGGAAGCAGGCUUUUCUCCAGGCCCGCACUGCCUGAGAAGGUGGCUGACCUCAGCACGCUGAAUGAGGUGGGCUACCAAAUCCGAAUUUAGGCAAGCCAUAUCAGCCAGCAAGAGGGCUUCCGUGGUGCUUCUCUCUGCACUUUACCCCAGCAUCUUCAGGAGGAACUGCAACUAUUUAUUGAGAACCUGUGGAUUUUAUUUUUAAGGAUUCACUUGGACAUGGAUUCGGAGUGGGUGGUAACAAUUAUCGUUGAAAGUCACCAAGGGGCGACCAUGAAAAGGCUGAAGAAACCCCACUGGGGUUGGACUGUCCCCCUCACUACAGAUAGAAAGGGUCAUAUGUAACUGUAGUUUUCUAUCUUCCCAUUGACCUACUUUUAUUUACUUGCUUUUGGACAUGAUGCCUCCUCACCAGUAGUAAAUGUUCCUGAAACCCUCUCUCCCACUUUUGAUAUAGUAAGGUAACUCAGCCAGUAUUAAUGUCUUUUUUCAGCAAUAACAGAGGCAAAAAAUGGUGGGAUUUUUUUUUUUUUUAAGCAGUCAAUAUUACCUCAGCAUCUUGACAUCAGAUAUGCAAACUUAAUGGUGUUUUGUUUUUUUAUAUUCUAUUUGUAUUAUUUCCCCAGUACUUCCAAUGGGGAUCUCCAGAAAGUUUGGAAUUUUUUCCUGGUGCACACAUACAAUGGGAUUAAGGUAUUAUACCAAGUGUUUUACUAAAAAGCACUGAAAUUCUUCUGGCAAUACGGGAAACUCUUUUCAGGACCUUGGAGUUACUUCUUUCUUAAAGCAUUCACUGACAGUGGUUUUUGUUCUUUCAAAACAAAAAGCACGAUCCGAAGGUAGUCUGUGUUCUGUCACUAACAUUUAAACUUUGCAAACUCCAGCAAAAAAAGCACAAGAGGUCACGGCACUGUGACACACAUUUAGCAGUAUUGCAAGGACCUCCGGCAACCACACACUCAGAAAGGCAGAGGCCAGGAGUGAAUCGGCAGUCUUGAGAACCAGAUAACCUUUCUGUUCACGUCCCAUCUGCUUUUUAGACUCUGAGUCAGGCGCUGGUUCCGAGAACUCACUGUUGUCAGGGAGGGGUCCUGAUGUCUUAUAUUAAGACCAAAGGUGGCACGGUGUGAUCCCUUUCCAGUCCCUCUCUUUGAAGUACCACUUCAGUCUACGGCCAUACCACCCUGAACGCGCCCGAUCUCGUCUGAAGUACCACUUCAUGACUUAGGAACUGGUAUUGGAAAAUGCGAUGAAUUAAGAGAAGCAGAAACUUCUUUUAAAUGGAAAAGUCUUCAGGUAGAGGGUUCUACCUUCGAGCGUGACGGAGUCCGUGAAGGACAGUGUGUCUGUGUAACUUCGGACUGCGGGCCGCAGAGAGGAGCUCUACCCGGCAAGUGUGUACGUUGUCACCAUCAAGAGUGUGCUUCUGUUUCGUCUGUUGUAGCUCGGCGGCCAUGCCAACACAGGAGGCCAACUCGCAGAUGUAUGUGAAGUCUGCUAGUCAACACAAGUGUUAUUUCAGUUGCCAGGACUUCCUCCCUGGCUUUCUUUGCCUGAAGGCGAUUUUAGAAAGGGGAGUAGAAAAAUAAUCUGCUCACUGAGACUCUGUACCAGUAAAACCACAGAAGGUGACCUCAUCCCUCGGCCACGUGCAUGUGCGCUCCCUUUACGCUAAAACUCAGUGGCAUUAAUGGAAAGUGAUUAUUUUCUUGAAGAAGGAGGAAGUUUAGCAUCCUUUACGGGAAAAGGACCAAGUAAGUGGACAUCUCAAUUACAUUAAAAUAGAGAAGUUAAAAAUUCUGAACUAAAAUCACUCUCUUUAAGAAUAGUAUCAGUUUGAAAAAAAAAUAGUAUCAGUUUGAGUUAAGAUGAGCUAUCUUUGCAUCUCUUCAUAAGGCAAACUCAUUUGCAGCCUCAUGACCACAUCUACUGAAAUAUUUGAGUUGCUCUAAAACAAUACUGACUUAGCUCUCUCUGUGAAAAAUAAGAUAUGUGUAUCUUAUGUUUGCCAAUCUGAAAUUUUAUUAUCGCUAAUAGUUCACCAUUUAUACCACGGUGAUCUUUCUAAGAGCUUAGACUAGGAUUUUCCAAAUUUUACUUAAGCACUGUCCCAUCCAAAAUACAGAAUGUCACUAGCUGCAGAGCCCCUUUUUUUCCCACAAAAAAGGGUAAAGAAUAGGAACACAAACUAUUCUAAGACGCUGACGUACAAGCCUUAAAACCACCGCUGGUUUGGUGAUUCAGUUAGUAACCUGAUUUUUUUCUUCCACUCCCUUCUCGAUGGUAAGAUUCAGUCCCCCAGAGCAAGGGUUAGUCACAGAAACAUAAAAAGUAAUUUAAAAUGCUCUUAGUUUUCAUUCUAGCUUUAUUGCCUGUGGAAUUAUGUUGAUUUCUAAAAGAUCUGAGAAAGGUACUGAACUCUUCCAUUCUAGCGCAGGAAUUUGAUUAAGAUGAUAUUUAGGCAGAAACAAAACCAAAAAACCAUGACAUGAUUUAUUCCCCCCAAAAUUAAUUUUAAAACUGGCUAUUAUUCAAAAAAUAAAAAAUAAAACUUUGAGAUGAGUUGAAUCUAGUUUUUAAAGUUAUUAGUGCAAGAGAAAUUUUACGCUUAAGCCAUUGUGGGGAUAUAUGCAAAGUUUAAAUGGAUGACAGAAAUCUUGAUUUCAGACUCCAUGUGCUGUUUUGAGUAUGUAUACUUUAUUUCAGAAAGUGAUAUUUAGUAUUUUCUAUACACUUUGAAAUCAUGAGCAUUUCACUUUUUCUAAGUCAAUUAUUUCAUAAGGAUUUUAUUAAUAGAUAUUGGUAAAUAGAACUUUGGAAAUCUUAAUUCUGUAUUCUUACUAUACCCAAGGCUUUUGUAAACUAUAGUUUUAUGUACAACCUUGUAUAGUUUUUUUGACACACAAUUCAGAAUCUUGUUUAUUCUCUUGGACUUUGUUCUGGCCAAUACAUUUUUUUUAAAUCUUUAAGGAAAACUGUGAUUGUUUUAGUGGGUAUUUUUCUAAGUAAAGGGAAAGUUGUAUAAUGGUAUUUUAGAGAAUGCCAGAUAAGUGCAUGUUUCAAGUUAAUGUUUUUCUCAUCACUUGUAUGUUUAUACACAGCAUGGGACUUUAAUAAAACCAUCCUGGAAACUU